AGAAAGACGUAAGCGAUAAUAAUUAAGUACGCUAGACUAGACGAAAUUACGUGCCAGUUAUAUAUAUAUAUAUGUGUGUGUAUAUAUAUAUAUAUAUUUUACAUGUGUGUGUAUAUAUAUAUAUAUAUUUUACAUGUGUGUGUAUAUAUAUGUUGAUACGAACAUACAUAUGUACAUACAUACAUAAGCAUCGCUAGCCAUUAUUGAACCAUAAACGAGCCGGUACAUCCGCGGCAGAUUCGAAUUGGAAUCAGGGAUCGAGCUGUAUUAAAGCCAAUAACGGUCAGGGCAAUCCGACGAACGCUAACCGCGAAUGCAUUCAUCGAAUGUGCCGAACCUCCUAAUGGCUCGGGCGUUAUCAAUCAUCGUAGUCAACGAUGUAUUGUAGACCUUAAGCAUGUCAACGUUGAAAUACUUCAUCUUAAGUUUAAUUAUUUUUUUAUAUCUACAAACUAAUAUGAAAGAAUGGACGUUGAAAUAAUUAAAAUUUUCAUUUUCCUUAGAGAUAUUUUGCUCUUGUUAGCUAACAUUAUUAUUAUUAUUAUUGUUAUUGUUACUAUAAAUAGUUCCUUGAGAAUAAUCCUACAAUAAUUUAAUUCGAAUUCUAUUUCUUUCAUAGAAAAUAAACCAGCGAGUUUCUCGGAUUGAAAGUUGGGAUCGAGUAUCUCGUACUAUGCUUUCUCGACUGUCGGGACCCGAUAAAAGCAUCGUUCGUGAACCGUCCACGAAGGAAAUUGAUAAUACGAGGUACGUGAAAAUCGCGUCGUUUUUACGUCGAGCAUCUGUCGAUAAAUGGGGAAGCUAAGAUAUUCGAAUGACAUCGAUUCGUGUCAGUGAAGAAGCAUAUGCACAGGCCUGUCCGAGCAACAAGUAUUCCUCAAGUAUUAUUCUAUUCAGGAAAAAUCGGUAUCACGACGUCCAAAGAUCUAUGUCAAGAGGUAAGAGAGAGAGAGAAAGAGAGAGAGAGAGAAAUUUUUGAAAAUACAACAUGUCUUUAGAAAAAUAAGAGAAAUCGAAUUUUCCUGCAUGAUGGCGAAACAGCACACGCAUACACGGACAAACACAUUGAAUACACAUUUACACGAAUCAAGCCCUCGAUGUAAUCUGUGCACGCAAAGUUGGCAUAUACACACUGUCACGUUCGAGGGCCUCAUAAAUAUUCGAGGAGCGUGAAAGCGAAAUAAUGCGGCUAAUCCGUUGGGAAUUUUUUUUCCUAGCUUUUAACGUUACGAAAGAAUUAUGAAGUACAUCAUCUUUCAUAUUUUCGGUAUUAAAAUCUCUCUCUCUUUUUCACUCUCUUCUGAUACACCCUUAACAUAGCAAGAGACUUAAUAGGGCAGUCAGCUUGACGGAGUUACCCUCCUUUCGUAGAAAAUUAUCGACAUCUCGUACGUGCUAUGCCGCGAACAAUUAUCGUUGAUUCCUUACACGCCAACAAGCGCUAUUAUCUUCGGCUUUUUAUUUUCUUGAUCUUGAUAAAAUAAUAAUAAUAAUAGUACGAUAAUAGCAAAGGUCAUUUUAAUUAAGGUCAGAACGUUGAAGGAAAACUCGAUAUCACUAGUUUUAUCCCCAGGCAAAUAGUUAAGACGACUAAAAUUAUUCAAAAUAUACGAUAUGUUAUGCGAGAUAUAUUAUAAAGUAAAAAAUUUCCAUGUUACAAUAUUAACGAAAGAUUAUCUUAUCUUUUAGUUUUUCGCUCUAUCUGUUUGGAAGACGUUGCAAAGUUAUGACGUUUGAUAUUUGACUUUUGGACAGGAAAUAUGUUUAGACAUAUUCCAAUAUGCAUUGCGAAUGCAUCGAAGGUUAACGUUGAAAAGAGAUUUGUGGUAGAGAUAUGUUAAAAUAAUACAGAUGAAAUAUGUUUCUUUUGAUUUCAAAAAGAGAAGGAUCAGGGAGAAGUAAUGCCAACGGACAGUUGGCAAGAUGCCUUAUGUUCAGCAAACGGAGGAAGAGAUUUCACCAAGAAAGUUUGAUGCGUGUUGUUCUAAUUGGACAUGAGUUUUUAGAGAAUGAAAAGCAAUGCUCGACAUCGGUAUGGCUAUGCAUCGUAGACCGAGACGGAUAUUAACGUUCCGUCUGUUGAGAUCAGUUGUUUCCGCAUUAUUGGACGUAUAUAGACAUAAUAGACGCCCUGACCAGGAACAGGAAAGAGAUGGGAAAUUGAACUCGGGAUCCGUUUAACCGAGUGAAAUAGCACUCAACGUACCCUCCACUUUCCUCUCGAACCUAUUCAACCUUUUUCUUUGUGCCCCGUGUUCUUGUCGUUUCUCUCUUAUCGACUCGCAUGUAUUGCAUGUAUAUAUUGCGACCAGACGAGGAGUAAUAUACAAAUGUAUACGGAUAAUGAUUAAAAAAAAACAUGGAGAUAAUAGAAAAUGGGUAAGUUCAGUAGGUACAUGUUUCAUAUUUCGAGAAAAUAUGUCGGCAACGAUUCGUAUAUAGCGCUAUUUCUUUCUAUUUAUUUAUUUCUUUUUUUCAUUUCUGUUUUGUUUAUGAUCAUCCUAACGUGACAAUUACUAAGAGAUAACACAAGAAAAGAAAGUCGUGAUAUCCUUCGUUGCUCGUAAAUUUACGUCGUUGGGUCGUCGAAUAUACGAGGUUGCAUUGUGUAAUAAUGAAAUUUUCCCAACGUCUAAAUUUAUAGUUUCGAUCCGUUCAAUGUUGAAAGUUUUCGCCACGUGUCUGCACAUCGGCGGAACAAUGGGGUAUCCAGUCACGUCUGCAACGAUCUUUUUCUUACGUUGGUGUCGAGUGGAGUAACUCGGUUACAUGGAGUCAAUCUUCUUCCUCCCUCUACCGAGUUCAAGUGGAUCGAAGUUUUGCCACUUCACUGCGAUCAGCUCUACGUUUGUGUCGACCUCGAUGCUACUUUCCUACUACUUCAACGAACAAUAUGAAAUGAAUUUCGUCCUUGACGCCUAUUCAAUAUCACGCUUUGCAUUUGUAUAUAUAUAUAUAUAUAUAUAUAUAUAUAUAUAUCCACGAGGCAUGUUCCUCUUGGCACGCCCGAAAACCCGAUCUCUUUGAUUUCCUUCGAUUAUCCAAAUACAUACAGUUAUUUUUAUAAAUAUUCGAACACCAUAGUGAUCGUAAAAUUAUCACUUCACAUAUUUAUUUAUCAUAUAUUUAUCGAAUUUAUUUUGUUGUAAUAGAUUAAAGUACUUAUUUAUAUUUACGUACAAUAUAUAUACAUACAAAAAUAUAUACUUUAUUUUUUAUUAUUUCGUACAUAUUAAAUUUUAAAUAAAAUUAAACACAAUUUUGGGAUCUCAAAAAUAUUCGGACACUUAAUAAUUCAUAACUAUUUAAUAAUACAUAAACUAAAUUAUAACAAUUGUUUAAUAUUUUGUUGGUUGUCCCUUUUGUCUAAUUACUUUUCUUAAACGUAUUAUUUUUUUAAAAUAAUUCUGCGAUAUGCGUCCUCACUUUUCUAUUAAACGAGCUUUCAAGUGUUCUUUCGUUUAUAUCGGUAUUAUUCUAAUGUUGCGAUCCAGUAAAUCCCGUAGGUUUUCUUAUUCCCAUAGGAUUUAAGUGCAGUAAUUGUGGAGGAGGAUGUAAUAAUUUUUGUAUGUACGUGUAUUGCAAUAAGUACUUUAACCAAUUACAACAAAAUAAAUUCAGUAAACAUAUGAUAAAUAAGUAUAUGAAGCGAUAAUUUUGGAAUCACUAUGCUGUCUGAAUAUUUAUGAGACUAACUGUACUAUUGACUAUUAAACUCAAUCGAUGAUCCUCUUAUAUCGUUAGAAAAAAUAAUAUCAACUUUUCUUAUAUAAUCGUUUUUAUUUUCACAAUCUAUAUCGAUUAUAAAACGAUUAAGAAAUGAUACAAUCUCUGUCGCUCAUAACUAAACAUAUUUCGUUUUAUUUAUCGUUCAAAUUUACAUACGAUUACGAUCGAUUGUAUGAAUUAGAAUUUUCUUAUUAGAGAUACUUCUAUCUAUAGUUCGUUGAUCUAUUAUAGAUAAGGAAGUUAAAUUGAUUGUACCGUUUGAAAAAAAAAAUCAUAGAUACUAUAGAAAUAGUUUCUUUAUGUUUUAUUAAUCAUCAAUUUCUUAAUGUAUUUGAGAGAGUCCGACGUAAAACUAAUUUACUGUCUAUCUGUUAGUUCACCUGUAUAAACUGAUAAACGAAAAUAAUUAUCAGUGAACAUUACUGAAUAGUAUAAAAGGGAAGUAACUACGAAAAACGAAAUAGAUCAUGAAACGCGACACGAAAUAAAAGAACAUCUACCAUGCUGAGGAUCGUGAUACUUUUAAUUCAUAUUUUAUUAGUCGUUGCCAGACCGACUGAAAAUGAUAUAGAAAAUGACAACACGACUGAUAUAGAAUUUUUACGCAAUAAUUGCGUUCUAUCCACGGAAUACAAGUAUGGCGAUCUUAAAGAACCACAGCCAUUGAUCCUAACUCGAAAUGGUACUGCAUCGGCGAUACUUUAUCCCAACGUUAACGGUACAUUAAAUGUGCGAGCAGGUCAGUCGAUUUAUUUGGCAUGUCCGGGAGAACGGAAUUUUAUAAAAAACAUGGAUUACGCCCAGGAAGUGAAAGCUACCUGCGUAAGGAAUAAAAUAUUUCACGUUAACGGUGAAAAUCGAAAUUUUUCAUCAUUUAUGUGUUAUCAUUUGCCUGAGCACAUUGCAAGACGUACAAAAUCGUCAUGCUAUAACAAGAAUACUCACGUCGAAAUUGGUUUCAAUCUGAGUACCAAUUUUCUACGCGUGAUAGAACUAUGUCGCAAUGAAAAAACCUAUAAUACAUACUACACAAAAUUUAGAAUGACAAAAUCGAUUGGAGGAUAUCAGAGAAGUUAUCCUAGGCCGUCAAAAUGGAUGGUUGGAGAUUAUUAUGGAAAGAUAGACAUUAACUGGCAAUACAACUUCAACGAGCAGCUUAUCACACUUGCAAAACUUUUGAAUUCGAGUGAAAUAGCGAAGUCCCAUCUAACGAAAUCAAAACAGUUUUUAUCCCGUGGACAUAUGACGGCAAAGGCCGAUUUCAUUUAUGGUGCUUUACAAUCGCUUACUUUUUGGUACAUAAACGCGGCUCCUCAAUGGAUGUCCUUCAAUGCUGGCAACUGGGAAAUUCUUGAGAGCAAUGUCAGGAACUUUGCUACUGAUCGUUCUUUGGAUCUAGAUGUUUACACGGGUGUACACGGUCAAAUGACCUUGCCCAAUGCUCGUGGCAAACAGGAAAAUAUAUAUCUCUACGUCAAUGGUACGACUAAAGCCGUUCCUGUUCCCAAAUUCUAUUGGAAAAUAAUCUACGAUCCACGAAGCCAGAAGGGUACCGCGUUUGUUGGUUUGAAUGAUCCCUUUAUCAAGUCGAUCACGGAAGAUAUCUACAUAUGCUCGGAUAUCAGUUCCACAAUCGAAUGGCUUGACUGGAGACCAAACGAUAUCAAAGCUGGUAUCUCUUAUGCGUGUACCAUCGAUGAUCUACGUGAAGCAGUACCAACCAUACCUAAAUUUAAAACCGUUGGUCUGCUAACGUAAAAAUCGAUAAGAAUAAUUUCGAAAAUAUUUGAAUACUUCGCAAAAUAAAAAGUCGAAAAGAAUAUUUAAUCUAAUUGGUACAUUCGAUUAUUUCCUUUGAUCUUUGAUAUGUGCCAAUUACGUCUUAAAUUGGUUGACCUAAUUCCUCGACAUUCUUAUUAAUUAUUUAAAUUUUAAAGAAAGCUGUAAAUAAAUGUAUAUUGUGUUAACGUGUCGCGUCUUAUCUUCCUACUUAUUGGAACUAAAAAAAAUAACGAAUAGCAAAAAGUUGAUUUAGCUAAUAUCGUAACAUUUCGUGAUUGAAAAGCUGUUCGUGAUGGAACUUUAAUAACGAAAUAAGAACAACUUAUAUACAAUAAUAUAUAUAACUAAUUAACAGCUUUACUGUUAACCCUCUUAAGAAAAUAUUCAGAUAUUUCGAAACGUUCGCAAAUCAUGUCUUCUCAGGCACGAGUUCCCUUAGAACACAGACGACAACCCUUUGUUAUGUGUCAAAAUUUCUAGGUGCUUAGAAACAGCCUUCUAGUUCCGAAUUAACUCCGAACUCCUCCAGGCCAGUUCGUAACAUUACCCACACUCUCUGUAGUUGUCGUCCCGACAACUGAGGUCUUCGCUAAGCGGGCUUCUCCCGACUUUUUCGUGUUUAAAAUCUUCGGCUCCAGGAUACCCAUCGACAGCACUUCUUUUGCUUUUCCAUAACAUCUCUUGUGCACAAAAGUUCUUGGUCUCAACCGUAUAAUCCCCAUGAGCCAAAUGCGACCCGUUUCUUGACUUUCUCUCCAGGGGAAAAGUCAAGUUCUUGUCCCCUUCUAGGCGCUUUCUCGUUCUUAUUCAGCAGUACCAUAGGCAUGGGGAGGCAUGAUAAAUUUUCACGGGUCUAUUCCAUCCAAUGAUCGACCUGGCAUUUAUCCGGAGCACGAACUUGGAGGAAAAAUCAUGAUCAAAAAUUCCUGGAAAAUCGUCGGUACUCAGCAUUCUUCUCUCUUCCUUUUUCUUCUUCUUUUAUUCCCGGAUUUCCCGUGGACUGUACUUUUUCUUUCUUUACGCAUUUUUCCCACUCGGGUCUGAUUUAGUAUCUUCCCCGAAACGUCUACUAAGACGAAAAUUUUAUCCGGCAAAAUUUUCUAAAAACAUUUUACUUAUCAUAAUAAAUUUUAAGUCACUUCUCGAACAUUGAAACAAAACAUUCAGCUCAUGACACGAAUUCAUCCUUGCACUUAAAGCACGAUUUAAUUUCACUAAAGAAUUUUCGAAAUUUUAUAUAUUUCUUUGCACUAGUUUCAUAUCAUUUGCCUCAAUCAAAAAAUUUCCCCUAGCUGGAUUAAUAAUACUUAUCCGGUAUGAUUCCUCCUCUGAAAUACUGAAAUGAGUCUCUGUUCAUUCAAUACGUUCGUCAUUUCAUCUCCUAUCCAUUUCGAGUUCCUUCCGCUGUUCUUUAAGUUCCUCCCAGAGCUCUUGGACAAGCAAAAUGAGCGUUUAUAUCUACUUCUCUUUCCUUUCUUUCGCUCGCCAACUUUCCUAUCUCUUCCGUAAAGUUAUGUUUUGAUAAAAUAAAGUUGAUAUCAUAUCCCGGACGAGCUUCCAAAAUUAUUACGCGCAACCAUACGAUUGAACGAAAAAUGAACUUUAAUAAAAAAAACAAGGACAACUUAUAUACAAUUAAUGGCUUUACAAAUUCUCUUAAGAAAAUAUUUAGAUAUUAAUAUUUUAGGAAUGUUUGUAAGUCACGUUCUUUCAGGCCUUGUUCUCUUAAAAGGUAAAUGACAAUCCGUUAUUAUGUGUCAAAAUUUUUCGGUGCUUAGAAAAGAUCUUCUAG